AAUAAGCAACCCCAACUCACUACGAUAAAGGCUCAAAGAAUCCAAGGAAAGCUCACAAGAGAACCCCCACAUGAGCAACAAUGGCUCUAAACAUGUUCAAGUACUUUUUCAGCUUUUGCUUCCUUGUGUUCUUGUUUUUAGCUGUUCGUUCAUCAACUGACUCAUUUCAUUUCGAAAAAUUUGAUAUGAAUUCGGAAAAAUUUAACUCCGAGAUCAUGAUUCAUCUUGAUGCAACAUUUGAUGUAGAAGGGUCAUAUAUAAAAAUGACUCAACCCUGGAACUUAAGUGCUGGUAUUGUGACAUACCAACAACCCAUUAGGCUCACAAAAAAAGGCUCUUUUAGCACUCAUUUCUCAUUUUCCAUGUCUUCUGAAAGAAAUGAGUAUGGUAUUAUGUUUAUAAUGAGCUUAGAAGGGUAUCUCUCGAAGUAUUUUACGAGGGACUUUGUGGCGGUCCAACUUGACACGAAUUAUGAUCAAGAGUUUGGUAAUGUGAAUCAUGUUGGAAUUUAUGUGAAUAGACCUGCAUCAGUUAAUAGGGUUGCUCAUAGUGUUGUGAAGUUGGAGCUGAAUAGUGGGAAGAGAUUGCAUUGUUGGGUUGAUUAUGAAGCGAGCUUGAAACAAGUUGAAGUCAGGGUUGCUAGAUGGGGUGAGAAAAGGCCAGUUCAUCCCUCGUUAUAUUGCCCUAUAGACUUGUCAGAAAUGUUCAACACCAAGAAUGUUUAUUUAGCAUUUACUUCCACUAGUGGAUACUCCAAUCAAAUAUGUAUGCUAUACUCGUGGAGCUUCGAGUGAAGGUAAUCAAGCGAGCCUAUUAUAUUGUCAAGUGCUGACUGACGAAUGUGGUAUGAUUCAAAUAAAUUAAGCGACAGUUGGAAGUGUUUUAGUACUGAAUUGUUGUGUGAUAUAAGUUAGUAUAUCUUCUUCCGUUUAGUUUUUGUGUGUUCGCUGUGCGUUUUAGCCUGUAGGUUCUAGACUGCCAUCAUGUAUUCACUGAUAUAUGGGAUGUAAUUGGUUCGAUUAAAUUGAAAUAGGCUUGUAAUGAUGUUAAUUAAUAGUAAUACAGUAGUUAAUAUUUGGGUGAUUGAUGAUCCAUUGUUGUAAAUUAGUCCUUACAUUCCACGGCUUCAGCAAAUACAAGGUUGCAUCAUCUGCACAACUCAAAGUUCACAGCCAUAACUCGAAAACAUACAUUUGUUCACACUAUUCCUCAUUAAGUGAUUAUACAUACAUCCUAGUUACUUUUCACUUUCCAGGAACGAAGUUGGUGGCAAAGGCCCAGGCAUUGUUAGCCACUGGGUCAGCAAGGUGGUCUGAGAGGUUCUCAAUGGGACCCUUUCCAGUAACAAUAGCUUGCACGAAGAACCCGAACAUGGAGAACAUAGCCAAUCUUCCGUUCUUGAGCUCCUUAACCUUGAGCUCAGCAAAGGCCUCUGGAUCAUCUGCCAAACCAA